UAGGAGGUGCGUAGUUCAGAGGCAGGGUGUUUAUUUAAGCCUGGCAUCCGUUUCUAAACAGUUCCCAGGAUUGUUUUCUUCAUCAUCAGAGGAACACCUUUCCACUCAAAGAACAUCAGGGACCAUGAGCUCAGACUGGAGCCCCUCUCUCUGGAUGGAGACCUUCCAGGACCUGGUGGACCAGGAGCUGGACUACAAUGACAGCUGGAGUUUCCAGUUCAACUACGGCCUCCAGCAGCAGCUCAGCAAGGAGGAGAGGCGGCGGGGCUGGAAAGUCUACUGCCCCUGCGCCCACGGCCAGUUCGAGUGCUCCGAGUGCUCCCGCACCUGGCCGUCCGCGCGGGUGGUGCUCCUCUUCCACUACCGGCUGCGGGGGGGCGGGGACCACCGCGGGACGGUCGUCAUGCGCCCCUUCGGCCAGGCCUGCAACCGCUGGCACGGCAACUACAUGCUGCCGGGCUUCUCCGCCGGCGAGGUGGAGGAGACGCUCCUGCAGCUCCUGGGCAAGAUCAAGAAGAACUGCUACGGGGACGACAGCGACGACGAGGACGAGGACGGCGGCUCGGCCGGCUCCGACGCGGUCCGGACCAGGCCUCACCAGAAGUCGCUGUGCGAGGCCUGCAGUCAGGGCAUCUGCUGCCUGGACGAUGACUAGCGCCACCUGGUGCUCGGAGGAGGAAUUACAGCCUGAACACGGCGAAGGAGUUCACGUAGCUGGUGGCUUGAAGGCAGGAGGGCCGAUUGCAAAAGACUGAUCAUUUACCACCGUCACAAAAAGUUACAGAGCGAUAUAGACGGCAGUAUAGAACACAAGUGGGACCAAGGAGGACAUGAAAGCACAUCGGCUUAUUAAACAGCUUCACGCAGCUCUCUUCUCUCCACAAGACAACCCAUCCAUCCAUUUUCCCCAACAGCUUCUUCCCAUUCAGAGCAUCAGGCAGGAGCUGGAGCCUAUCCCAGU